AUGAAUUCCAAUUCGGAGGUGGUGUACCGGAACAGAGACGGCCACGUCAUCAAGUUCAACUUUGUCCUGAACGAGACCGAAGUCAUCCUGAGCAACAGCACGUUUGUGGCUUUCAAGGUUGCCAAGUACUCGCUGUCUGCCGAUCUCAAGUAUGCGCUCUUCGCAUAUGACGUCAAACCGGUUUACAGGUAUUCAUACACAGCCUCCUACAUAGUCUACAACAUCUACACCAGGGAAGUGUGGGAGCUCAACCCCCCCGAGGUGCAGAACGCCGUGCUCCAGCACGCAGCCUGGGGAAGACAAGGACAGCAGCUGAUCUACAUCUUUGAGAACAACAUCUACUACCAGUCAGAUGUGAGGAGCAACUCUCUGAGAAUCACCUCGUCUGGGAUGGAAGGAGUCAUCUUCAACGGGCUUGCUGAUUGGUUGUAUGAAGAAGAGAUCCUGCACUCACACCUUGCUCACUGGUGGUCGCCUGAUGGAGAGCGGCUGGCCUUCCUCACCAUCAACGACUCGCUGGUGCCCAACAUGGCUCUGCCCCAGUUCACGGGGAGCACCUACCCCCGGGGAGUGCAGUACCCCUAUCCCAUGGCUGGCCAGAGAAACCCGGCGGUCAAGCUGUCCGUCGUCAACCUUUUUGGUGCGACUCACACUCAGGAGCUGCAGCCUCCAGAUCAGCUCAGACACAGGGAUUUCUACGUAACCAUGGUGAAGUGGAUCAGUAACACACACCUGGCGGUCAGAUGGCUCAACAGGCCCCAGAACGCCUCCCUGCUGACGGUGUGCGACACCACCAUAGGAGUCUGCCUCAAGAGACACGAGGAGUCCUCAGAGACGUGGCUCUCCAGGCAGAGACAGGAGCCGCUUUUCUCCGAGGACAGGAGCAGGUUCUUCCUCACGCUGCCCGUCAAGCAGGGAGGUCAGGGGGAUUUCGACCACAUCGCCAUGUUCACCAAGAAGCUACGAAGUGACCAGGACGAAGUCCGCCACUUAACGUCAGGAGACUGGGAGGUGACCAAAAUUGUAGCUUACGACGAGAACGACCAGAUCAUAUACUUUCUGAGCACCGAGGAUGCGGCUCAGCAGAGGCACCUGUACAGAGUGUCCACCCUUGGCUUGUUUCCGCGGCGAUGCCUGACCUGCGGCCUGAAGGAGGACUGCACUUUCUUCGACGCGGACAUCAGCCCUGAUGUGCAGCACGCCAUCCUGCGCUGCCAAGGUCCGGGCGUUCCAGCUGUGCUGCUCCUGAGCUUCGACAGCGUGGACUCGUAUUUCAUCCUGGAGAACAACCUCCCUCUGCGGGCCGCGCUGGAGACCAGAAGGACAACUCUGACUGAUAUCCGGAUGAUCUCUAAUGACAACUUUGAGCUGCCUCUGAAGCUCAUUUAUCCUCCCGACUUCUCCGACUCAUUCCCCUACGGCCUCCUCCUCGUUGUGAUGGACGCUCCGGGUGAGCAGGCGGUGACGGAGGAGUUCAGGCUGGACUGGGACUCGGUGCUGGCGGGGUCCGAGCAGGUCAUCGUGGCGAGGCUGGACGGCAGGGGAUCAGGGUUCAAAGGUCAAAGGGUCUUGCAGCAGGUCCAUCAGAAGCUCGGCACAGUGGACACAGAAGACCAGAUCGCAGCUCUGGAGUACGUAACAAUAUCCCACACUAUCAUUUUCUAA